GCAAUCAAUGUAUUGUAGACUGGCGCCUUCUUCUAUACAUUUGGCGCUUGAAAUCCUAGCGGGAAGGUUUGGUGUCUCUUGUACUGUUCGUUUCUUUCGUUAUCUUUCCAAACAACACAGUUCAAAAUGCCAGGUCCUCUGUACGUUGUGAAGCGAGAUGGGAGAAGUGAAAAGGUUAUGUUUGAUAAAAUUACAUCAAGAGUCCACAAGUUGUGUUAUAAAUUGAACACCGAUUUUGUUGAUGCGGUUGCAAUCACCCAAAAAGUGAUCAGUGGGAUAUACCCUGGAGUCACCACUGUUGAACUCGACACUUUGGCAGCUGAAACUGCAGCUACCAUGACGACCAAGCAUCCUGAUUACGCAGUGUUGGCCGCACGCAUCGCUGUCUCUAACCUCCACAAGGAAACAAAGAAAAUAUUUAGUCAUGUAAUGCAUGAUCUGCACUCAUACGUCAAUCCACGUAACAAGAAAGCAUCGCCAAUGAUCUCUGAUGAAAUUUAUGACAUCAUUAAAAGGAACAAAGAGCGUUUGAACUCAGCUAUCAUAUAUGAUCGUGACUAUGAUUAUAAUUUCUUCGGUUUCAAAACCCUUGAGCGAUCAUACCUUCUGAAGCUGGAUGGAAAAGUUGCCGAGCGUCCGCAGCAUAUGUUGAUGCGAGUAGCCGUUGGUAUUCACCAUGAGAACAUCGAUGCUGUCAUUGAGACAUACAAUCUUAUGUCAGAAAGAUGGUUUACGCAUGCAUCUCCAACACUUUUCAAUGCAGGGACGAACCGUCCACAACUUUCAAGUUGUUUUCUCCUGACAAUGUCUGAUGAUAGUAUUGACGGAAUAUAUGACACGCUUCGGCAGUGCGCCCUCAUCUCCAAAACUGCCGGUGGAAUCGGCGUUAACGUUCAUUGUAUCCGUGCUGCUGGUAGCUACAUCGCUGGAACAAAUGGUCAAUCAAAUGGCUUGGUGCCAAUGUUGAGGGUGUACAAUAAUACAGCACGAUACGUCGACCAAGGCGGAAACAAGCGUCCUGGAGCCUUCGCUAUCUACCUUGAACCAUGGCACGCAGACAUCUUUGAUUUCCUUGAUCUGAAGAAGAACACCGGAGCUGAGGAAAACCGUGCCCGAGACUUGUUCUACGGACUCUGGAUCCCAGACCUGUUCAUGAAGCGUGUUGAAAACGACGGUGACUGGUCUCUGAUGUGCCCGCAUGAAUGCCCUGGACUUGAAAAUACGUGGGGAAAGGAUUUUGAGGACCUAUAUGAGAAGUAUGAGAGAGAAGGUCGUGCAAGGCGUACAGUGAAGGCACAACAGCUCUGGUACGCGAUCAUCGAGGCUCAGACAGAAACAGGAACACCAUACAUGCUGUACAAGGACAGCUGCAACAGGAAGAGUAACCAGCAAAACCUGGGCACGAUAAAAUGCAGUAAUCUAUGUACGGAAAUCAUAGAGUAUUCCAGUCCAGAUGAGGUUGCGGUCUGCAACUUGGCUUCUAUUGCCCUUCCAAGAUACGUUAACAAUGACAGAACAUUCGACUUCAAGAAACUCGCUGAAGUUACCAAGGUGAUAACAAAGAACCUAAACAAGAUUAUAGAAGUGAAUUAUUACCCAGUACCAGAGGCAAAGAAGAGUAAUAUGAGGCACCGUCCGAUUGGCAUUGGUGUUCAGGGUUUAGCUGACGCAUUCAUACUAAUGAGAUACCCAUUUGAGAGUGAGGAAGCACAAAAGUUAAACAUCCAGAUUUUCGAAACCAUAUACUACGCGAGUUUGGAGGCCAGCUGUGAAAUCGCUAAAGAACUUGGUCCUUAUGAGACAUACGAGGGCUCACCAAUUAGUAAAGGGCUAUUGCAAUAUGACCUUUGGGAUGUCACACCGACUGACCUUCACGAUUGGAAGUCACUGAAGGAGAACAUUGCACGAUAUGGUGUCAGAAACAGCCUCCUGCUGGCUCCCAUGCCAACCGCAUCCACUGCCCAAAUUCUAGGUAACAACGAGUCGAUUGAGCCAUACACCAGUAACAUUUACACGAGGAGGGUGCUGUCCGGGGAAUUCCAGAUUGUGAAUCAUCACUUGCUAAAAGAUCUCACAGAAAGGGGGCUGUGGAGCGAUGAAAUGAAGAACCAAUUAAUCGCAACAGGCGGAUCAGUUCAGUCCCUUGAUGAUGUACCUGAUGAUUUGAAAAAAUUGUACAAGACAGUAUGGGAAAUAUCCCAGAGAACCAUUCUCAAAAUGGCAGCCGACCGAGGCGCAUACAUUGAUCAGAGCCAGUCAUUAAAUGUACACAUCGCCGAACCCAACUAUGGAAAGAUGAGCAGCAUGCAUUUCUACGCAUGGAAAUCGGGGUUGAAAACUGGAAUGUACUACCUACGCACUAGACCCGCUGCUGAUCCUAUUAAAUUCACGCUCAACAAGGAAUCGCUCGCUAACAAAACCGUAGAGAAAAGCAAAGCAGAUAACAUGGCUGCUAUGGCCUGCUCGCUACAGAACCGUGAAGACUGCCUGAUGUGUGGCUCAUAAACAGAGAAAAUUAUCAUACACAAGAGUGAUGGAUGGGUGGGAAACCUGUCGCAUUCUUAUUUUGCAGCUUUGUCCUUCUCUGUCGUGUGUAAACACCUUCUGCAUUUAUUGAAUUAGUUGAAUUAAACUCAGUGUGUUUGCGAUUGAGCUCAACAGGUUGAAAAUUCAUUGUUGUUUUUAUGUUGACCUGUUUAGUAGGUCAUCAUCAAAACAAGGAUGUUUUGUUUACCUCGUCAUUGGCAAACUACUGAUUUCCUGUAGCGCUCUCUAUUUGUGAAAUGUUCUACCUCAUCGGUCUCUAUUUAGAUUUUAACCUGCCCAUUCUUCUAUAUGAUUGCAUCAUUGGUGUAGACUUGUAAAAAAGCUAUGUAACCAAAAUGAAAGAUGUUCUCUGAAAGAUAUCAAUAUAACAUUACUACAUAAAUUACAUGGUUUACUGUAUGUCAUCCUUACAUGGUAUUAUGUCAUCUGUACAUGGUAUUACAUCAUCCUUAUAAAGAUUCUGCAUAUCAACAUUCACAAUAUUUAUAUUUAUUUAUUUAUUUUAUGUAUUUUUUUUUAAUUAUUAAAAAAGGCUUCAGAGUAAAAAAAGUACUGUAUGACCAUAAUUGUUAUUACAAUAACAAAAAUAACUUUUACAACUACCCUGCCUAUUUAUUGUUAGACAUACUUUGUUUUUGGUCAAAAAAGUGUAAAUGAUAAAAAUGCAAUUUAGAUUGCGCAUGAAUAUUCAUACUAAUCAAAACAGUAAACACAGUGGAUAACAGUAUACAACAAAAAAUAGUUAAAAUACAAAAAUUAAACAUUCCUAGGUUUAUGCUAAUUGAUUAGAAUAGUUCUAAAUGUCAGUAAGUAUAACCAUAGCUCUUAUCUUGCACAAAUUUGGUUUUAUAUAGUUAUACUGUACAUAGUUCUAGGGUAUACCCAACCAUAGAUAUAACCUACACUCCUCCCCAACUAACCUUUUUGGUAAUUGGGACACCAAAAGCCCACCCACUUGUAAAUUUAGAGGAUUAUAACAAAAAUUUGGCACUGUUCUGCAUAAUAAUUCUGAAAGUAUAAUGAACUUAGAAUGUUAUAUUCCAUUAAAAAUUUAGCAGCAAAAUUGAAAUGUUAACUUCUAACCCUGCUGCUGUGGUGGGCUCUAAAGGCCAGAGAGAGACCUAAUAACUUGCUGUAGAUAGGCCUACAGGCUCGCUUGUACAGUAUUUCUGAUCUUGUACAAUUCUACCCUCCAGUCACCUUGCAUCCCUAAGUACAAUACAAGGCUUCAUUGUGUUAUAUUAAUUAUGUAAUUUUUAUAUAAAUACAUAGUCACAUUAUGUUAUAUUAUUGUUAUAUAAUUAAUCAUGUUAUGUUAUAUUAUUGUUAUAUAAUUAUCCUAUGAUAUAUUAAUUAUGAUAUAAUCAACUUCCCAAAAGAAGCCAAAUGUGUUGCGGUUGUAGUUGUAAUGAGUGAAACUUAAAAAAUUUAGUGGACUAAAGUAACAAAAAAAAAAUUUAAAAUAAAAUACAAUAUUUAAAUUGAUUACUUUCUAGACCUACUGUAUAUUUAAAUAUGAAUGCGAAAUUGCUUCCUAAGAAUUUUGUUUCUAAAAUCAAUUCAAGUUUUUUUUUUUUCAAUAAAAAGACUAAGUCACCAAAUA